AUGUCGACUAUGCCUGCUCAGCACGGCCACUCCGUGGGCUGCUGCAACAUCCCGCCCGUAGUUUCCAAGGGGUACGAAGCCAAGGGCACUUACGAGGAGAUUGGAGGCAAGAAGACUUACGUCACCGGUCCCUCCGAUGCGAAGAAGGCUAUUGUUGUUAUCUAUGACAUCUUUGGAUACUUCCCUCAAACCCUCCAGGGAGCAGACAUUUUGGCCACAAGCGGUUCCGAGAAGUAUCGCGUCUUCAUGCCCGACUGGUUCGUCGGCGAGCCCUGCCCCAUUGAGUGGUUCCCUCCCAACACGGAGGAGAAGCAGAAGAACCUGGGCGGCUUCUUCCAGAAGUUCCCGCCUCCGAAGAUCGCCGGUAUGGUCCCCGACUACGUCAAGGCUGUGCAGUCCAAGUUCUCUUCUGUCGAGUCCUUUGGUAUCAUCGGUUACUGCUGGGGAGGUAAGGUCGUCUCCCUCGUCACCUCUGGCGAGAGCAACCCAUUUAAGGUUGGCGCCGAGGUCCACCCCGCCAUGGUUGAGGCCGAGGAUGCCAAAGGUAUCAAGAUCCCCCUCAUCAUGCUCGCCUCCAAGGACGAGCCUGAGGAGGAUGUCAAGAAGUUUGAGAGCAACUUAAGUGUUGCCAAGCACGUCGAGAUAUUCAAGGACCAGAUUCACGGGUGGAUGGCUGCCCGUUCGGACUUGGAGGACCCCAGAGUCAAGGAGGAGUACACCCGUGGCUACAAGACUGUCCUUGAAUUCUUUGCCAAGAACUUUUGA